AUGUUGAUCAUACCUGAUGUCAACUUCAUCGAUACUGAUACCUCAUUCGCCAUGGCAGUCACACUGCUGAGCUAUCCUUCAGGAUCUGCUGUGAGCAUGUUCUUUAUCCGCUCCCUGUGGCUUUCGUCAUGUGAAUCAGAUCAACUGUACUCUCUUUCUAACAGCGUAGGAGAAUUGAUUACACGCAACGCUGAUUAUCUGAUCUCAUCGAUCACUCUCCAGUUGCACAGUGUGAUCCUUCGUCAUCCCGGCACGAACACGAUUAGCCCCGAUCUGUUGGCUGGAUUGCAGUCAGCUUGUCAGACAAUGACGACGUUGUUCGAGCAUGCCACUUUUGAAAUCUUGCCGUUGCUUCGUCCAAUGGUAAGACAAGUUCUGUCCUGUCUGGAUCUGACCUAUGAGCAGCACGUCGAUUUGUUCUUACCGGCAUUGAAACGGUUGGUCCUAACCUGUCGUCAAUGGCACGCGGCCAGUCAAGGUUUUCCCGCGCCAAGUGCAUUCCGCACUGUCGAAGCGCUUGAAGCGAAACCUGUUGUCAAGGUUAGCUUAUAA